AUGACCACUGUUUGUUGCUUAUUGGCAGUCUUUGCCGCCAAACAUUGGGUCAUUCAUCAACUCGAUAUCAACAUUGCCUUUUUACACGGCGACCUUGAUGAAGAAGUCUACAUGACACCACCUCCUGGAUAUUGCAAAAAGGAAGAGACUCGUGUCUGUUUCCAUCAGUCUCAGGCCGAUUAUUCUUUAUUUACUCUUGUCAACUCUACCAGCAUUACCCUUGUUCUUGUUUAUGUUGAUGAUAUACUGGUUGCUCGUAACAAUAUCUCUCAGAUCGAGUUUUUCAAAGGACUCCUCUCCACCCAUUUCAAAACCAAAGACCUUGGUUCUUUGAAAUAUUUUAUCGGCCUUGAAGUUUCUUGCUCUCCCAAAGGCAUCUACCUCAACCAGUGCAAACAUGCUCUUGAUAUUCUUUCCGACAGUGGACAACUCAGUACCCACACUUCUCAUUUUCCUAUGGAACAACACUUGAAACUCAACAUUGAAGAUGGUAAUCUCCUCCCUGAUCCCUGCCCUUACAGAUGCUUAGUCGGCCGACUCAUCUAUUUGACUAUCACCCGACCUGACAUCGUCUAUGUAGUCAAUAUUCUUAGUCAAUUCAUGCAUGCUCCUCGGGUUGCUCACAUGACCACUGCUACUCGUGUUCUCCACUACAUCAAAAGCAACCCCGGUCAAGGCAUCUUCUUCUCUAGUAGUAUGCAUAUCACGGCAUACACUAAUGCUGAUUGGGCCAGCUGUCCCAUCACCUGUCGUUCUACUACCAGAUACUUCAUUCAAUUAGAGACUAGUCCAAUCUCAUGGCGUACAAAGAAACAGACUACAAUAGCAAGAUCUUCCGCUGAAGCAGAAUAUCGAGCCAUGGCCGUCACCACCUGUGAACUCACUUGGACUGGGGAUGCUAGCCUUAAAAAGCCACCUGUAGAAGUGGCGAUACAGCUAUUUCUGCCAUUUCCUAGUUUUGUGAAGAGAAUAUCAGACGUGUUAAAGGAUGAUGAAGUCAAGUCUUUCGAGUUGGUCGAUAGCGGCCUUAAGCAUAAACUAGAGUGCCAUGACCCAGCAAAAUAG